AUGACAUGCCACCUUCUCUUGUCAUCAUACUACCAAUGUCUUCCUCUUCGCUUCAAACCCCGCUCUGGUCAUGUUUUCCUUGUUUUUCUCUUGGUUCUCCCUUUCCGUGUGCUUUGCAGCCUUUCAGAAUCUAUGGACGCAAAGGAGUUCGUUCGGUGCUUUCCAAAGUCGGCUUUCAGCGCCAAGCUUGUUUCGUCUUUGGAAAGCACGGAGCAGCGGGAUUCUGUUGUGUCACUCAUCGACGAUGCCGUCUACUGUGACUCCUGGGAGGCGUACUUCGACUUCGCUGAGCGCAACAAUGUUGCCAUUACGGAGAAUGUGGCGUUGGCGGCAGUGCAGGCAGUUGGACUAGAUCCACUCAGCGCCCCCUUGUGGGUAAAAGCCGCUGCCUGCUGCGAAUCACUAGAGUCGCGGAAGAGCCUGUAUGAGUUUGGUCUCUCCGUUCCUUUGUAUGGAUGGCAGCAGCUCUUCGAAGAAUAUCGUCGAUGCACUGAUGGCCAUGAGGGCGGUGACGCCCUUUCAGAGACCGAAUGCCGGCGUGUAUCGAAUGUCUUGGCGACAGAAAAGUGGCCAGACCGCUACGCCGAGUUUGACACCGACGCCGAGGCAGAGGGCAUCCGGCGUGCUUGGCUGGACCUUAUUUCUUCUAUGCUGGCGAGUCUGGACGCCACAGCCAUUGCCAGGGACCUACAGUUGCGGCGAAUCGAGUUGGCGAUGCGUCAAAUGUGCGCUCAGUUACCAGGGGAUGACUCGUGCUGGUACCAGCAUGCCCUCUUCCAACUUCGCAUGUUGGAGGAUGCCGAGGGCGCUAAGAAAACUGUUGCGAGCGGGAUAGCUGCAACAGGGACGUCGUUCGCGUUAGAAAACAUCGCCUGCGUCGUUGAUGGUAUUCUUAGUGUUAGCAACAGCAGCAGCGCCUCGACCGCUGAUCUUCUCACUGCCACAGAGGCGCUGGUACAGCAGCGCCGAGCUGCAGAGGAAUUGACGUCAAAUGGGGUUACAAAAGACCGGCUGCGUGCUUUACGCUCUGUAGGAAAAGCCGCCGCUCAGCAAGGGCUUGGCGAUUGGAAGAUCUUCUCGCAAUGGCGAACCGCGGAGGAUAUGGCAGCCCAUGACACAAGAAUGGCUGCCAAGGUGCUGGAGAACGGCAUGAUCUGCUGCUCGCACUUUCCCAGUGAUGCCCUCCUGUUGGGUAGCGAGGCGGCGCAGUACCACCUCUUGCAGCGUCACGAGCGCGAAGCGCUGGGAUACGCGGAGCAGCAGAUUGAGCAGCAAGCUCUGUUGCAUCACCGCGGCAAAAUCAUGGCAUCGUGGAACAGUCUCGUGCGUAUUGAGAACUUUCUUGGCCUGAGUUUUUCGAAGGCGGCGAAGCGGCGUGCAGAGCUGUUUCCGCAGAAUCGUAUUGCCACGUUCAUGGAGAGCUGCAGGGUGGGAGACUACUUGCCGUGCGACAAGAGUGCCUUCCAGUGGAUCCGUUUUGUGGAGGACUACCGGGUGGACAAGGCGUCCGUUGAGGAGACGCCGUUUCAUGGGAUCGUGCCCCCGCGAAACAAGGCGGUGGCAGUGAAACGUGGGCUCCAGGUGGAGUGUGAAACCCCUGACGACUCGCAGUGGGUACCACUUGUGCCGCCGCCCAGCUGCCUGCCUUCUCGCGAGGAAGAGGAUCCUGACGACGUUACUGGGGCCCGAGAACUGCGCGGAAAGCUCGUGUAUCGCGUGAAAGUGGACGCGCGGACCGCGGCACGGUGUCAGAGAGAAAAAACAACGAGGUACCACUCCAAGACGGGAGAAGAGGCCGUUGAACGCGGCGGCGCUCUCGGGGCACUGAUGCGACGUGUCCGUCCAGUGAAUCUUACGGUUGGCCAAACGAAGCGGUUGCAGUCGGUCUCCGCUGAUUGGAUUGUCCACGUGCUGACCGUUUCAGAGCUCGAUUUGGAGCGUAUACUCAAGGAACGCACCGAGCGACAAGCGAACCGCGGCAAUCCCGUGUGA